AUGGGUGGUCCGAAGAAGAUGGCGCCCUACCUCGUCUUCGCCAACGAUAAGAGGGAGACCGCCAAGGAGCUCCUCAUCGGCGAGGGCAACGAGAAGCCCACGAUGGGCGAGAUCGCGAAGCGCGUGGGCGUCCUCUGGAAUCAGCUCGACGACGCCGCCAAGCAGGUGUACAAAGACAAGGCCGACGAGCUCAACGCGAAGGCGGCGAAGGAGUACGAGGAAGCCGGGGGCGACGCCGCCGCGGACGGCGCGGACGGCGACGGCGACGACGGGGAGAAGGGCGCCGAGGAGCUCGGCCUUCCCUUGGCGCGCGUCAAGCGCAUCAUGAAGCUGGACAAGGAGGUGAAGAACAUGCAGGUCGACGCGAGCAAGUGCGUGGCGAAGUGCGCCGAGCUCUUCAUCGAGUCCUUAGUCGAAGGGUCCUUUCGGAGCAUGAAGGCGAACAAGCGCAAGACGAUAAAGUACGGCGACGUGGAACACCACGUGCUCCGAAAGCAGAGGCUCGAGUUUCUGCACGAUCACGUGUGGGCGUUCCGGCCGGAGGAGGCGCAGGUCGGUGGGGCGAAGGGAGGAAAGGGCGGCGGGAAGGAGAACGACGGGGACGACGACGACGUCGAUGGGGACGACGACACGACGCCCGCGAAGGCGUCGCCGGAGGCGCCGCCGGGCGCGAGGCAGGUUACCGAUUUCUUCAAAAAGGCGGCGGCGGAACCGGAGGGCGUCGCGACGGGGGCUUGAGCCCGUCGGGGGCUCGAAUCCGUCGAGACGCGAUACGCGACGAAACACGAGCGACGUCGACGCAUACGUGAUGUAUGCGAUAUAUGCGAUCAAAUCAAUCCGAUGCUUGAUG